CUUUCCUACUAAGUUAGAUCCAUACAUAAUUCAGAUGCUAUUGUACUGAGACAAUUUUAUUAUUGAAAAAGGCAAGUACAAUUAGCAGAGACAAGCUCUCGCCUUACUGUCAAGCACUUUGGUAUUUCUACAUCAGAAAAUGCAAAAAAGCGCUCUCGAUUGCUCUCGCCGGGUCAAACUCGAUCCUUCAAGCUCUGUACUAACUUUGACAUCCAUUUUCAAAGUAUAGAAAUGAAGAUUUGUUCUUAUACAAGUCCAGGUUGAUUUGAGCAAUUCUUCUAUCGGCCAACAUCAGUGUCUCAAUUGAGCGAGAUUAUAGCCCAAAGCUGCGAUUUUUGUGAGUUGGAAUGGGGGAUUCUGUCAGUGCUAAUGGCGAUCAUAACGAUAGGAUUCAGAAUUUGAUAGCUGCAAGGAAGUCAUUGAAGCUAAGCUUAGACAGGUCAAAAGCUUUAGGGUUUGCUCUUGAGAAAGCAGGACCUAGAUUAGAUGAGAUUAAACAAAGAUUGCCAUCUCUGGAGGCGGCUGUACGCCCCAUUCGUGCUGAUAAGGACGCCCUUGCUGCUGUUGGUGGCCACAUUAACCGUGCUGUUGGUCCUGCUGCGGCAGUGCUUAAGGUUUUUGAUGCUGUUCAUGGGCUAGAAAAGUCGCUUUUAUCAGAUCCAAAAAAUGAUCUCCCUGGGUAUUUGUCUGUGUUAAAGCGCCUUGAGGAGGCAUUGAGAUUUCUGGGGGAUAAUUGUGGAUUGGCAAUUCAGUGGUUGGAGGAUAUAGUGGAGUAUUUAGAGGAUAAUACAGUGGCGGAUGACCGGUACCUCACUAAUCUGAAGAAGUCGUUGAAGAGUCUUAGGGAAUUCCAAAGUGAUGAUCAAAAGGCUCGCCUUGAUGGUGGACUUUUAGAUGCUGCGCUUGAUAAAUUGGAAGGCGAGUUUCGACGGCUCUUGACAGAACAUAGUGUGCCACUCCCAAUGUCGUCACCUUCAUCCCUCGGUCAGCAGGCAGUAAUUGCUCCAUCGCCAUUACCUGUAACUGUUAUUCAGAAGCUGCAAGCCAUUCUUGGGAGGUUGAUUGCCAAUAAUAGACUUGAAAAGUGCAUAUCAAUUUAUGUUGAAGUUCGUGGUUCAAAUGUUAGAGCUAGUCUGCAGGCUCUUGAUUUGGAUUAUCUUGAGAUCUCCAUAGCUGAAUUCAAUGAUGUGCAGAGCAUAGAAGGCUAUAUAGCUCAGUGGGGCAAACAUUUGGAGUUUGCAGUGAAGCAUUUGUUUGAAGCGGAGUACAAGCUUUGUAAUGAUGUGUUUGAGAGGAUAGGAUUGGAUGUGUGGAUGGGAUGCUUUGCCAAGAUAGCUGCUCAAGCAGGUAUUCUUGCAUUUCUUCAAUUUGGGAAGACUGUUACAGAAAGCAAGAAAGACCCAAUCAAGCUUUUGAAGUUGCUGGAUAUAUUUAAAUCUCUUAACAAGUUAAGGCUGGAUUUCAACAGGCUCUUUGGUGGGGAAGCCUGUAUGGAGAUCCAAAACCUCACAAGGGACCUCAUUAAGAGGGUCAUUGAUGGGGCAUCCGAGAUUUUCUGGGAACUUCUGGUUCAGGUAGAGUUGCAGAGGCAGAUCCCCCCUCCUCUGGAUGGGGGUGUACCAAGACUAGUAAGCUUUAUUACUGAUUACUGUAAUAAGCUUCUUGGGGAUGACUAUAAGCCCAUUCUGACCCAGGUUCUGGUCAUUCAUCGAAGUUGGAAGCACGAAAGGUUUCAGGAGAGGCUCCUUGUUACUGAGGUACUGAAUGUGAUAAAAGCCAUUGAGCUCAAUGUGGAGACUUGGACAAAGGCUUAUGAAGACACCAUCCUAUCUAACCUUUUUGCUAUGAACAACCACUACCAUUUGUACAAGCAUUUGAAAGGGACAAAACUUGGGGAUCUCUUAGGGGAUUCUUGGUUAAGAGAACAUGAGCAGUAUAAGGACUAUUAUGCUACGAUCUUCUUGAGGGACAGUUGGGGAAAGCUUCCGGGUCAUCUAAGUCGGGAAGGUCUUAUUCUUUUCUCAGGUGGGCGUGCCACUGCACGUGAUCUUGUCAAGAAAAGGCUGAAAACUUUCAAUGAAGCUUUUGAUGAAAUGUACAAGAAGCAAUCAAACUGGGUUAUGCCAGAGAGAGACCUCAGGGAGAAGACGUGCCAGUUGAUAGUGCAGGCCGUUCUUCCUGUUUAUCGGAGUUAUAUGCAGAACUAUGGGCCUUUAGUUGAGCAGGAUGGAAGUUCAAGUAAGUAUACUAAAUACUCUGUGCAGGUCUUAGAGCAGAUGCUUGCCUCACUAUUUCAGCCAAGGCCAGGAAGAUAUGGAAGUUUCAAAGGUAGGCAGUCUAAUGAGAAAUUCAACAAUGGGGUAGCAGAUCUUCGGCGUACAGCAUCUGCGGUUGUGUGAUAGUUUGACGAUUACCCUGAUAGGGAACCACACUAAAUAUAUGCUUCCGCAGAUAGAUGGUCAAUCCUUGUUGUGUACAUAUCGGCAUCCUUAAGGGCUUGGAAGUUGUUUCGGGGAAUCUUUCUUUUACGAGAGGAACAGUCUCUUGCUUAGAAUUCUGCCAGAAGGAUAGCUGAGAAGAAAUUUCUUAAGCUCCUUAAACGCGACAUAAACUAUUUACAAUGUGUAGGGGGUUCUGCAAAACCGAGGUAAUCUUGAGGAGUGCUAGACGUUAUAGUGGUAGCGUACAUGGGACUUACCUAAAAUCGUAGAUAAUACUUGGAGGUGUAGCUAAUAAUUUUAAUUUAUUUUUUACCCAUUGAUUGAUCAAGUUAAUAGAGGGCGGCUGUAAACACCUUGAAUGCUAGAUUUUCAUGUGCAAUUCUUCAAUAUUAAUAGUAAUUAUAGGUCUAGCCGGAAUGACAUUAUUUGGCGAUCAAAAUUCUGAAUGGUCAUACAAGUUUGGGGAUUUCCUUGAUGGAUGAUUUUGUCCUAUGCCGUUGUUACAUAUGUGUGCAUUACAGCCUUGAGUCUACUAAAAAGCAAGAACAUUGCAGGCAAUAAAGUAUUGUUCAAUUUAUGUAGUCUUUAUUUGAUUUAUAGAAUUUCUUCCUGGUUUAAUUAA